AAAUAUCUACGAAAUCGUUGAGAUUUAAUUCUAUACGACACAUUUCUUUACUUGAUAAAAAGUAAGACUAUAUAUAUAUAUAUAUAAAUAUAUACGUGUGACAUCGAUUUAAAGAAGAUAGAAGAAGAAGAUUAAAAAACAUCAAGAAGAAAAUAAAAAAUAUACAUUACAUCGUACGAAUACGACCAUACGCAUUACUAUUAUUUGGACAUUAUUAAAAUUCAGUCUUUUUUUCCUGCAUCCCCCUAAGUGGAAGGCGCAGCUACGUUUAUCGUUUCCCGGAGGGCUUUAAAAAUCCCUCCUAUUUUCGAAACUCAAACAACCAGCAACAUUUCAUUUGAGGAAGGAGGCGCAAAUAACGUAAGUGGUAUUUUCUUGGUGCAUUUGGGUCUUAUAUAUGGAAAGAGGUUCCUAAGCCAUGCAGCCCUCUGCCGCAACCAUCAUCUGUUUCUCGUGGCGUGAGAUCGCGGCCACUGGAGGAAGAAGUUGUAACCCUUACAGAGGUGGAAACCAUUCCUUUGCUAAGCCCGACAAUGGAAUCAGAUCUGUUCAAGGAGCCCUGGAUUUUUCCACAAACCAAAACAAACAUAUUAAUGGAAGAAGACAGUAUUACAACAUUUCCCGAGUGGGAGGAGAACUUUCAGGAUUUAAGCGUUUGGUGCAUGGACCAAUUCCAGACUCCAUGCGAUUUUCCUAUAGGUGAAUUGGUUCCUUUUAAACUGUCAGGUACUAAAUACGAGGGUAAGAGCGUUUCGAAUUUGGGAAAGGGGAUAUCAGAAAACGCGACAAAGGGGAAAAACGAGGAAAAGGGGAGAUUAAAAAUGAAUUUGUUUGGUGAAACGGAGCUUCCAGGUGGCAAAUAUCAACCAUUGUUACCUUCAUCAAACUCUUCUUUUAACUACAAAAAACAACUCGACGAAGCAGAAUAUAAGGAAUCAAAUAAUACAUUGUUAAAAUUACCCAAAGCAUGUACCAGUGCUAGUAAUAGCAAGAUGAGCACUUCUAAUGUUAAUGUAUCAUUUCAUUCACAACGCAUAGACGAUCUUGAUUUGGAUGAUGCUUGCCAAAAUACUUUCGAUUCAACAGAAAAUAAUAAUCAACCUGAAACAUGGGAUAUGUUAAAUACAGUUCAAACUAGUGGAUCGGGAACAUUUGAUUUACUUUCAUAUCUUUGCGAAGAUGAGCCACAUUCACCAGGAGAAGGUAGCACAUCCACAGACACAUCAACGGUAUUCAAUUCAAGAUCGCCCAUCGAACUAUUACCAUCAGUUUCACAGAAUACUGAGAAAGCGGUUGAGGUGGAUAUGGAAGUCGAUAAAGUUCGUCGAAAAACACGAUCAACUUCAACGAUAACAUCAUCGUCCGACACUACUUUCCCAGUUACAUCACGAAGAUCCGAAAGAACGCGGACGAUAAUAAACACUAACAAAGUAGAUAAAAAAUAUUCGAACGUUAAACGGGAAAAAAGAAAAUUAUCUAUCGAAGAUUCCAGUAGUUCAGAUAGUCGAGUAGCAGAUAAUUUUAAUUACAGAGAAUCUAGAGAAAAAAAUAACGAAGCUUCACGAAAAUCACGAAUGAAUAAGAAAGCUAAAGAAACGGAAAUGGCAGUAAGAGCACUAGAACUUGAAAAAGAUAAUAAGAUAUUAAAAAUGAAAGUCGAAGAACUUGAAAAAUUGGUAAUAUCCAUGCGGAACGCAUUAUUGCAAUCCGCUUUAAAGAAAGAGAAUUGAAUACUUUUUUAUCUUUUACAAGUUUAUCUAUUAUUAUUAAUCUUUUUUGCAUAUUUUAUUUUACUUAUUUUUUACUUUUUACAUUGUUAUAUUAUUUUGAAUGUUAUUAGAACCCAUAUUUUUAUAACCAAUGGGAAUUCUGGGGAUAGAUUAUUCAUAUAUUCUUUAUAAUCCUAGCAAAAUGUUAUACGUAUGUUAUAUAAGAAGAAUUUAAAUAUAUUUUAUUAUUGAAAAAUAUUAAUUACAUAUUAUAUAUACAAGAAAACAUACAUGUAUAUUUUAAUUGAGCACGAAACAUCAAGCACUGUUUCGGAAAUUAUUUAAAUCGGAAUUAAGGCUUUAAACAUGCAAUGUUAUUCGAUUUUAGUAUCUUUAAGUAAAAUUCAUGAUAUUUAGAAACGUACUGCUUAAUUAAAAAAAAAAAA